GAGGCGGUGACGUCGCUCGAUUUGAAGGACAAGGAACUCGGACCCGGAUCGGCUGCCGUCAUUGCGGCGGGUCUCUCGGUCAAUGAGGUGCUGACCUCCUUGGAUGUGCGCGGCAACAAGAUCGGCUCCACCGGCGCGGCCGCGAUCGCCGAGGCGCUGCAGGGCAACGGGGUGCUGACCAAUCUCGACCUCUAUCGCAACAACAUCGGCGACGAGGGCGCCAAGGCGAUCGGCGGCGCUCUCGCGGUCAACGGGGUGCUGACCAAGCUGAACCUCGAGGGCCACGAGCUCGACCUGCCAAAGCUUCGCGGCACCGACCCGGUCACAUCCCUCAACUUCUCGCGCAAGGACCUCGGACCCGCCUCGGCCAUCGUGAUCGCUUCGCUGAUUGCGGGCAACGGGCUGGUCGAUGCAGUGCAGACGGGCGUACUCGCGAUCGCCAAGGCCCUCGAGGUCAACGAGGUGCUGACCGAGCUCGACCUCUCCCGCAACGACAUCGACGACGCGGGCGCCGUGGCGCUGGCCUCCGCUCUGCGCGUCAACGGGGUGCUGAAAGAUCUCGACAUCAGCAGCGACCAGAUCGGCGACGAGGGCGCCGCCGCGAUCGCCGAGGCGCUGCGCGGCAACGAGGUGCUGGAAGCGCUUAACCUCAGCAAAAAUCGCAUCAGUGACGCCGGCGCUGCGAUCGCCGAGGCACUGCGGGGCAACGAGGUGCUGACCACCCUCAACCUCGACGGCAACGAGAUA